AUGGCUAUCUCCAUCCUCAUCUUCCUCUCUCUCCUCCUCAUCUUCCUCUCUCACUUCCCCUCCUCACAUGCAGAGCCCUUCAUCGGAGUUAACUACGGUCAAGUCGCCGACAAUCUCCCUCCGCCUUCGGAAACCGCCAAGCUCCUCCAGUCAACUUCGAUUCAGAAGGUGAGACUCUACGGCGCCGAUCCCGCCAUCAUCAAAGCUUUAGCCGGAACUGGCGUUGGAAUCGUCAUCGGCGCUGCUAACGGCGAGGUUCCUUCGCUUGCCGCCGAUCCCAACGCCGCCACUCAAUGGAUCAACUCCAAUGUCCUCCCGUUUUAUCCCGCCUCCAAAAUCAUCCUCAUCACCGUCGGCAACGAGGUGCUGAUGACGAACGACCCAAAUCUGGUGAAUCAGCUACUCCCGGCGAUGCAAAAUGUCCAAAAAGCACUCGAGGCGGCGUCGCUCGGCGGGAAGAUCAAGGUGUCGACGGUGCACGCGAUGUCGGUGCUGGGUAAUUCAGAACCGCCAUCAGCCGGUUCGUUCUCCCCCGGUUAUCAAACCGGUUUAAAGGGAAUUCUGCAGUUCCUGAGCGACACUGGUUCGCCUUUCACCAUAAACCCGUACCCCUUUUUCGCGUACCAAAGUGACCCGAGACCCGAAACGCUGGCGUUUUGCCUCUUCCAGUCUAACCCCGGUCGACCCGACUCUAAUACCGGAAUCAAGUACAUGAACAUGUUCGAUGCGCAGGUCGAUGCGGUUCACUCGGCUUUGAAAUCGAUGGGAUUCGAGAAGGUGGAGAUCGUGGUGGCGGAAACAGGCUGGGCUUCACGAGGGGAUCCAAACGAGGUCGGACCAAGCGUGGAUAAUGCUAAAGCUUACAACGGAAACCUAAUAGCUCAUCUAAGGUCCAUGGUUGGAACACCUCUCAUGCCUGGAAAGUCUGUGGACACUUACAUCUUUGCAUUGUACGACGAGAAUCUAAAGCCUGGACCUUCUUCCGAACGGGCCUUCGGGCUUUUCAAAACCGAUCUUUCCAUGGCCUAUGAUAUAGGCCUUGCCAAGAGUAGCGGUAGUAGCGGCAACAGUAGUAGUCAGCCGCCAUCGGGGAAAGUGACGUCGAUGGGGUGGUGUGUAGCAAGGAAAGGUGCGACGGACGAGCAGUUGCAAGCGAGCUUGGAUUGGGCUUGUGGACAGGGGAUAGACUGUGGGCCGAUACAACCAGGAGGAGCUUGUUUCGAGCCGAACAAUGUGGCCUCACACGCAGCCUUUGCUAUGAAUAUGUAUUUCCAAAAGUCUCCUAAAAGCGCUACAGAUUGCGAUUUCUCUAAAACCGCAACAAUCACCUCACAAAACCCUAGUUAUAACAGCUGCGUCUAUCCGGGAGGAGGAGCAGGAAGUGCAGGAGUAAUGAACAAAUAUGUGAGGUCAGACAAAUCAGAGAGAAAAAAGAAUGGAGCAGUUGAACCAAAAGUCUCUUCUUGUCUAUCUUUUCUACUCGUCUUUAUGUUCCUAAUCCUCCAUGUAAAUAUGUAG